AUGGCGGCCCGGGCUCAUGACGUGGCGGCGCUGGCGUACCGCGGGAAGUCCGCCUGCCUCAACUUCGCCGACUCCGCCUGGCGCCUCCCGGUUCCUUCUUCCACCGACCAGAUCGAAAUCAGGCGGGCGGCGGCGGAGGCAGCCGAGUUGUUUCGCCCCCGCUCCCCCGCGGCGGCGCCGGCGGCGGAUGAACGGGAUUAUAGUACAGGUGAGAAUGGUGGGACUGAUGACAGUGAUGUUGACGUGUUCAGUUAUGUGGAGGAGGUGGAACUGGUGCGGAUGCCGGAGUUGCUGCCGGAGAUGGUGGAAGGGCUGCUUAUUAUGUCGCCGACGGCGAGCUACGGAGCCGAAAGCGACGGGUGGAGCUACGUGGAGAGCUGCGGUAAUGAUAAUAAUGAUGAUGCUGUUGCUGAUUAUGAUUGGUCGCUCUGGAAUUAUUAG